UUAUGUCUCUCUGUCGACAAAAACAGCAAGUUGACGUGAAACAGAAACGCAGCAGUAUUUACGCAACGCAACUGCAAAACCGAGUCCAUGGCCACCGCCGCAGCUGUAGCAAAAGUCGGAAAAUCAGUGCACCGCAUUUUCGUGGGCAAUCUACCGUGGACAGUGGGCCACCAGGAGUUGCGUGGCUACUUCCGCGAGUUCGGACGCGUGGUGUCCGCCAACGUGAUCUUCGACAAGCGAACGGGGUGCUCGAAGGGCUACGGUUUCGUUAGCUUCAACAGUUUGACCGCGCUGGAGAAGAUCGAGAACGAGCAGAAGCACAUACUGGAGGGCAACUACCUAAACAUACAGAAAUCUUAGAUUCCCCACUUUAAUUGUCAUUUAGUUUAUAAGCUCAGCAGAUUUUUUUUUUUUUUGACAUGUCGGACAGCGAUACGGACACCGUGGACGAGCUUUUCCACCUUGCCACCGAGCAUGUGGCCAAGCAGUCAAACAGCAUUGGUUCCGCGGACCUUUUAAUAUUUUACGGAUACUACAAGCAGGCCACGAAUGGCCCCUGCAAGGAGCAAAGUCCGGGUCUGCUUCAACUGCAGGCCAAGAGCAAGUGGCAGGCUUGGCGCAAUCUGGGAACAAUGUCCCAGUCCGCUGCCCGGCAGGCCUACGUCCAGAAGCUGCAGGAGCUUCAACCCAACUGGCGGUCCCGGCGCAACCCAGGCUGGGUCGUUCAUUCCAUUGAGUCGGUCCCACUGGAGGACCAACGUUUGGACAGUGAAAAGACCCUGUUUGACCACGUGAAGGAGAACAAUCUAGACAGGCUGAGGGAACUGCUGCAGCCAAGUGACUUGGUUAAGCUGGACGAGCAUGGCAUGGCGCUCAUCCACUGGGCUACCGAUCGCAAUGCCGUCGAAAUCAUACAGUUCCUGGUGCGGAGUGGGGCCAGUGUAAAUCAGCGAGAUGCGGAGCAACAGACUCCGCUGCACUACGCCGCCAGUUGUGGACACUUGGAGGCGCUCCAAUGCCUGUUGGAGCUACACGCCAGCCUGGAGCUACGCGAUUCAGAUGGACAGACUUGUUACGACGUGGCUGACGAUGAGCAGAUCUGCCAGGUGCUUCAAACGGAACGGGAACGACUCGCUGGAUCCGCGUCCUAAUGUCAAAAUCUUAAGUUGUUCGGUGCUCAUUUGCUUUAAAAACAGCAAGGUGUUGUGAACCAUUGUAAAUCUCCGACAAGUCCCCUGUAAGUUCUUUGGAACUAUAAUAAACAUACAUACAUAAAUGU